CCUUGGAAUGUCGCGAUUGGCCAAUCAGAAUCAAGUAUUCCAGAGCACAGUGUAAUAAAAGCAGAUGUUUACUGACAGAUGAAUAAACAUCAUCUUUAAGGCUUAACAUUAUAUUCCUUUCUUACCACAUAAGUUUAACGGGGAUGUCCAUUUUUUAGAUACAACUAUCAAAAGCUUUUUCAAAACAUCAUUAACUUAAUACUAGUGUUUUAGAACAAUAAAUUGUAUCAAUAAUUAUGUAAUUAAAAUCUUAUAAUACAUAUAGUAACCAUAAUAGACAAUGUUAGACUAAAUUUCUUAUUUAAGUUUGAUGGUUAUAUUUCAUAUGGUACCAUUCAUUGCAGUUGCACCACUUGUUUUCCUGGUUGUGUCACCUGACCUCCUGGAUGCACCACCUGACUUUUACAAAUAAUUAAAUUGAACAGGGUUCUAUCUGGAUAUCUGUUUUAGCAUUUGCUAGCAAGUUCAUACACAUAAUUCUUAAUAAAAUUCCAAGCUUUUUUUUUUAAUAGCAUUUUGCUAUCAUUACAUUGGUUGUACCACCUGACCUGAAAAUGUACCAGCUUGCUUAUUACUUAAAAGUAACCACUUGUCAGUGUUUUUAGUAUGGCUGUGUUUUUAAACAUGUGAGGUCCUCAUGCUUAGUGUUAUUACCUCCUUUACCUUUCAAUAAAAGGCCCAGCUUUGAAACAAUCCAUUUGAAAAAGGUUUAGAACAUAAAAUAAUGCCAUAGUACAUUUGAUUGAAAAAAGAAACAUAAUUUUAACUAGUGUCCUAGUCUGUCAAGUUGCAUUGCCUGUCAUAUGAGGGGUUCGAAAUACCAAAACAUAAAGAAGUAUUUAUUAUUUAAGUCGCAAAAUAUAUUUAGCCUAUAUAGGUUUAUCAAAUAAAGUAUAAUAAAUUCAUUGUGUUAUAUAAAAGGAAAUAAUUCCCGAGGACACUAAAAUAUGCAUGUCAUGUCACUGCCACUUAAAAAAAUUCUAAUUUCUUUUGAAUAUAAUAAAAGAGAACCCUAUAUUUAAAUGUUAAAUAGGUGUCACAUACUGGUUUAUAGGUCCAUAUGUGGAUUGUGUAAAAUAAUGUGAUUGUUCUCUUACAGAAUGAAGAAGUACAGUUUCUUGAGGAGGAGCUGCAGAACCAAAAGCAGAAGUUCUCAAAGCUUCAGAGCUUUACUAGAAGCCUGCUGAUAGCUGUGAAAAAUAAUGACCAAAAGAAACAGGAGGAGCUGUUAGCCAGUCUGCUUCAUAAAGAGGACCUGGGCCUGGAUAACCACAUAGAGUUCGGCAUAGAGGCGACUUCUACCCAGAAGGACUUUUCUAUGUCAGAGGAGUACGACACAGGGCCAGUGAGACUAUAAGCACAGUGCUGCUCUUUGCUUUAUGGAAAUUAACCAUGUUUUUUUGUGGUAAAAGUAUAGUAACCAUGUUUUUUUGUUUCAAAGAAUGGUUAAUUUCCAUGAGAGAAACCCCACAGCGUCCGUGUAAACUCCUCAAUUACUCUGGUUUAGUCCAGUAAAUUAAAGAGCAGGUGAUGGGGCAUUUAUAAGUGUCCUAAUAUAUUGAAUUGGAGUCCCCAACAACAUGGUGAAAUGCACCCAAUGUCAAAAAAACGCUGUCAUCUCAAAAAAUGCAUUUAUUUUACAGUGGCGGCUCGUGGAUAUUAAAAAAGAGGAGGCACAUUAAAUUAAAGUGGUCCCAUCCCAGAAUGUAUAAGUUUUUUGCUUAAGUUAGUUGCUUAAUAAAAGCCUUUUGGUCACGUAUGUACCACGUUAAUGUAUGACAUUACAUAUACAAAAGGACAAUAUACUUCAAAUUUAACUCGCAUGAAUUGAAUCCUCAGGUGCUCAAAUAGAAGACAUGGCCAGCAGAAAUGUUUGUUCAGGCUCACCAAGCCAUACCUGUCAACACAACAUUUUGGCUGGGAGUCUCCCGUUUUUCACACCAUCUCCCACCACCCUCCUGUUUUGUUAUUUCUCCCGUAAAACUCCCGUAUUUCAUUUUUUUCUCCUUUGAAACUCCUGGACCGACGGGAACAGCUACGCGUUCUCUGUGCAGGCUCUGUGGCUUGAUCGUACAAUUUAGGAUAAAGUUAGGGCUAGGUAUGUGGGGCUUUAUUAUAAUAUUUUUUAUAUUCAAUAAAAUACCAUCAUUUUAAUCAUUUUAAUAAAUGUAAUGAUUUACACUCUGUUAUUAUUGCAUAACGUUUAUUGCACAACGAUACUGAGGUGCAAACAGUAGCUACCACUAUUUAAAGAAUCAAUAGCAUCUAUACUGUUCUCCGUAUACGUCCUAUGUAUACUUCAACAGGAAGCUUAACUCUCCCUCAUUAACUUCACAGACACCGAAUGUCCUUUGCCAUAUCUUAGCUCUUGCAGAGAAGUGCGCCACGUAUUCCAUGCUUCCUUCAUCUCUUGUCUUGUGGCAGUGAAGAGUCCCAGUCAGUAUUCUCCAAGCUUAACUCUCGUAAAAUAGCUUUGCCUUGGAUAGUUACUGGGGCUGCAAAUCCUAAAGGGUCGAACAGACUAUUGAUAGUCGACAAGACUCCUCGACGUCUGAAGGGCUUCACUGCAUCAGGUACUUGAAAAAUGAAAUGGUCUAUUCUGAGGUCCCAGUUUAGGCCUAAACUGCAUUGUAUGGGAAGAUUGUCUGUGUCCAGAUCCAGAUCUUUUAGAUGGCUGGCGUAAUCUUGUGAUGAAAAGGUCUCCAUGACAUCUCUCUUGUUGGAGGCAAUCUUGUGCAAUAGGGCAAUAGCUAGCGAAUAUUUUAGUAAUCGAGUAUUCUACUGAUUUUCCAUCGAUUAAUCGGGUAUUCGGAUAAUAAGUACUCUUUCUUUAUUAAAGAGCAAUACUAGAUAUACAAUUUAUUGCUGAAAUUGCAUACAUUAAUAUCUGUGAAAACUAAAUCCAUUUAGUACAUUCCAUUGCCAUAUUACAUUCAAAAUGCAAUAUAGGCCUAAUACAAAUGCAGUGGUGGAAAGUAACGAAUUACAAAUACUCAAAUUACUGUAAUUGAGUUUUUUUUUCAGGAAUUGUACUUUUUUUAAGUAGUUUAAAAACGGUGUACUUUUACUUGAGUACAUUUUUAGUGCUGUAUCGGUACUUUUACUGCGCUAUUUUUCCUCACAUUGUCGUGGCUACUUUAUAUGUUUACUCUUCAUGUGAUUGGCUAAGGAGAAUAAUCAGUCCCGUCACGUGACCCCGCCCACUCAAAUCGCUCAUAGAAAACUUGCGUCACACAGAUUUCAAGACAUCUGCCGCCGAUUUAGUUUAAUCAUGGAGGAGGACGAACGUGUGCGGCAGGCAGGGCGCGUAUCAAAUGGCGGUUUUGCGCACUUGAAAGUCACUGCGGGAAAGGGACACAAUACGAAGGCUCGUCCGAGAUAUGGAGAAAUAUUGAGUUCCUGUAUCACUCUGUUCGCCAAGUUUCAUCCAAACGGCUUUAUCAUGAGAUAAAAUUGUCCAUCUCUCUCCAAAGUCUCUACACUAAGUUCUCUGCCCUUAUAAGUGAGUAGGGAACAUAUGCGAUUGGAACGCAUGCGAAGCAGUUUCGCAAACUGUGGAUUACCCGUUAUAAUGUUGUAAAUAACGUUCAGUUUCUUGCACAGUUCAAUCGACUCGCUUAAAUAAGAGGUCAUUACAUCGAAAGAAGCCGCAGGGAUUACUUUUAUGUUGCCUCUAUCUGUAUUUUGAACUUUUAAAGACAUGGACCAUGAAAAACAAUAGACCACAACUCCAGGUAAAAAUCUUUAUUGUUCUACCUAAGAAAUAAUGUCACAUACAUCUUGGAUGGCUUGAGGUUGAAUAAUUGAUCAGCCAGAUCCUCUACAGAUAUGACUGUUAAUGCUAAUCCAAUGCAAUUUAGGUUGCAAAUAUUUAGCAUUUUAUGCAUGCAGUAUUUGGGGCUCUUAUUUAUUAUUUUCUGCAUUGUGUGGCCUAGUACACAUGAUUGAAGUGUUGGAAGUGCAUAAAUGGUUUUACCUGGAAAACUGAGCUCAUAAUAGACAGACAGACAGACAGAACAACACAUUGAAUGGUUAUUUUGUCUGAGUUGUAUCCAGUUAUAUGCUUUAUCAGUAAGGUAAAGAUGUGUUUUGUUAUAAGUAGCAAUUUUCUAUAUAAAUCUCCAAAUUUGAUUAUUAAUAAUUAUUCUUAAUUCAUUAAAUAAACCCCACUAAAAAGUAACGAGUAACUAGUACUCUGAGUAGAUUUUGAGAAGAGUAUUUUUUACUUUUACUCAAUUACUUUUUUAACACCAGUACUUUUACUUGUAAUUGAGUACAAUUUCAGCAAUGUAACAGUACUUGUACUUAAGUACAAAUUUCCAGUACUCUUUCCAGCUCUGUACAAAUGUAUAAAUAUGAAACAUUAAUAAAAAUAGAAAGAAUAAUUUCAAAGGUAAACAACUAACUUCAGCUUAUGCAUGAUGCAUUUAGUUUUAGUUUCUUUUUUUACUAUUAAAUAGUAAUAUAUUGGUCCACAUAAAAAUAUUUUUUUAGUGUGUUAGCUUCACUCAGUAAAAUGUUCUGAAAUAAACUCUCAGAGCAACUCUGGAGAUGAAGUUCAUGUGUUCAUGUCUUCAUAAAGCGCAGACGCAGACAAAUUCAUGAGCAUCACGCGUUUAGCACGUUAAACUGCAGUUCAUUCACUCAGACAUGAAGAACAGACAGAUGACAUGUGUAAAUAACAUGAUUUGGCAUCCACUAGUCCGAAUCUAGUUUUAUGGACUCCAUGCAGCCGGAAAACAAGUUUCACUCGCAAAAUAGACUAAAACUAAGUAAAAUAGCAGUUCACCAUUUCAAUAAGCUAUCACUUAUUUAUCAGCAUGAGAAAUACGUGUGAGCGUGUGAACAGACUAAAAUGCGUGAGACUUGAGAGCCCUGUAACAUGAAUAGAGUUUAGCGGGCUGUGCGUCAGUAAUAACGGUCCGUGGGGAAAUGCAGUGCUCCGUGCGUACUGUAGUUAAAUGGAUUAAACGAGGCUUCGAGGCAACAAAAAUUGCCUCUAUGAUUUUUUGUAUUCGAAUUACUCGAGUUACUCGAGGAAUCAUUUCAGCCCUGUUGUGCAACCUCACAUUGGAUUUGGUGAGGACGUUUUGUGGCCGCUUCAGCAGACUCAUUGCUGCUUCUACCGUGGGAAGGGACUUUAACCCAUCAUCAACAUAGAAAUCAUGUGCUACAAACUGUUGCACUUCAGAAUCUUGUCCUUGUCCUUCCAGGUGGACAGUUUUACUGAGACCAUAGAUAGCCACUUCCGGCGACCAGCUAUUUCCAAAGACAUGUACCUUCAUACAAUACUCUACAAUAUCUUUGCUGUACUGAAGUAUUUUUUCAUGUGGGCAAAUAUAUUGUAUAGUAAAGGACGGAAAACACAGAAUCCAGAAAAAUUUUAACAGAAAAAACGGAAUUUGGGAAAAAAUAAAACGGAUUUCUUAUUGUUGUUGUGUCAUCCCUCGUAUUGCAAGCCAUAUCUCUCCGGCCCCUCAUUUGGGAUGCUUUUCUGCAUCGCUUGUGUCUUAUUGCCAGGAAGACAUUGUCUUGGUUUUUUAAAUGGCAGCGGUGUUAUCCAACCGUUGUUCCCUUUCUGUCGGUCUCUCGACGUUGUGUCGAUCCGACAGAUGGGGUUCGUCCCUGAGAACCAAUCGUUUCCGACUACUUGGAAAAGGCCAAUGAAAAUUGGCAAAUGAAAUUUGCAUGCCGGCCUCCGCCCCGGACAUCCGGGUAUAAAAGGGAGACGGCGUGCAUCAUUCAUUCACCUUUUGUUCUUCGGAGCCUUCGGUUAUGAAGAUCUUCUCUUGCUGCUUAGCAAAAACUCUACAUUGCCGGUUCUACGACGUGGUGCAGCGGACUGUCCCUUCCUGCAGCGACUUCCCCUGGGCGUCUCGGCGGUUCCAGAGGUGUUCGAGCCUGCAGACGGUGACUCACUGCGUUCUAAAAGAGCUAAUUUCUCCAGCGUGGCAUGUCCCGCUGUUCUCUUGGGUGCGGUGUCCUCAUCGAGGAUGGGGACAAACACGAUGUCUGUGUCAGGUGUUUGGGGGUCCAACACGCUGAGACAGCCUUCGUGGACUCAUCUUGCCCGCACUGCGGGCAGAUGGUCAUAGAGACGUUGCGGUCACGGGUGGCUGUUUUCUCCCGAGAAUCAGCCACCACCUCGCAUGCUUCCCGGGCUAUGACGAGGAUGGCUAAGGCCAUUCCGUUCGCCAAGGCGAGCGGCGAGGGUGAUAUGGGGAUUUCUGCGAGCGCUAAUCCGUCAGCCGAGUGCUCGCGGACCCCGUCUCGCUCGCCUCAUUGUUCCCUAGCUGGCGGUGCCACACCGUCAGCGUCCUCCUUCACGCAGUCGGACACGAUGCGUGAUGAGGAUGAGAUGUCCAUCGCAGCAUCGGAGAGCGAAUUGCUGGCAUCCAAUCCUGAUGACUCUCUGCAGCUCCCCUAGGGGGGGACGAGCUCAGGAGGAGGCGGAUGUCGAGAUGUCGGCCAUGCUUUCCCGGGCCGCCGUGUGCAUUGGGUUAGAGUGUACUCCGGUGCCUCUCCCCCAGCGCUCACGGUUGGAUACGUGGUUCUUGGGCUCUGAGCGCGACUCCAAGCCGCGCCCAACCCCGAUUCCAUUUUUCCCGGAAGUGCAUGAGGAACUGGCGAAGACGUGGAACGCCCCCUUUUCGGCGCGUACACGUCAAACCGGUUCCGUCGCUCUCUCUUCCCUCGAUGGUGGGGCGGCUAGGGGUUACGUCGACGUGCCCCAGGUGGAACGUGCAGUCGCGGUGCACCUGUGCCCGCAGGCGGCAUCCACCUGGAGAGGUCGACCGAAACUCCCGUCCAAAGCGUGUAGGACUUCGGCAUCGCUGGUGUCGAAGGCCUACACUGCCGCGGGCCAAGCUGCCUCCUCUCUCCACGCCAUGGCCAUCCUGCAGGUCCAUCAGGCCAAGGAGUUAAAAGAGAUCCACGAGGGUAAGACCGACCCGGGGUUAAUGCAGGAACUCCGCACCGCCACCGGCCUUGCUCUAAGGGCGACCAAGGUGACCGCGCGGGCCCUGGGUCGGGCGUUGUCAACCAUGGUGGUCCAGGAGAGGCAUCUCUGGCUCAACCUUGCGCAGAUGAGCGACGCCGAGAAAGUCCGCUUUCUCGACGCGCCCAUUGCGCAGGGUGGGCUGUUUGGUGACACUGUCGAGGACUUCGCCCAGCAGUUCUCGACAGUGAAGAAGCAGACGGAGGCGAUUAGCCAUAUUCUUCCCCGCCGAGACUCGGCCGCCCGUAGGCCUUCGAGUUCCCGUGCGGCCUCUGCUUCCCAGCAGCCCCGGCCCCCUUCGAAGCCAGCUCCGGUUCCAGCGCUCCCUACCCAGGCGGCAUCCUGGAAAAGGGCGGAGAAGGGGAGACCACCACCCCGUCAACAACCUUCGAGGAAGAAGCGUUCCUGACGGGAAGACCCCAGGCAGGGUAACACCAUCGGGCCCGUAUCCAGCCAUGACAUCGCUGGACGGUCGAUCCGGGACGGUUCCUGCCCACGGGGGCCUAGCGCCCACUUUUGAUAAGAGUUUCCUAUCUCCCUGGGUGUUCUUCACAGCCGCUCUCACCCUCUGUCAGACGGUGUUCAGCCACUCGACGUUGCGUCUUGGCGAGGUGCAACAUCGAAUGUAUUUUGCAGCCCUCAGCACUCUCAAAUCGAUGGU